AUGCGAAUCCGCCGAUUCUCCCCGGUGCCAUCACCAUCACCACCACCACCGACAUUCCUAGCACUCCUUUUUCUCACAUUCCUCACAACCGUCCUCUGCUCCCCGCAUUCCAGCUCAACCACAUCGCUCAGUCGGACACAAAAUGCCCCGCGCGCAUCCAAGCCGUUCCUCCUGCGCAUCCUGCCCCUCGGCGCUUCAAUAACAGUCGGCUACCAGUCCAGCGAUGGGAACGGGUACCGCAAGUUCCUCCGCGAGCAGCUCCGGUUCGCGGGGUGGGAGGUUGAUAUGGUGGGGAGUUUGGCGAAUGGGACGAUGAAGGAUAAUCAAAACGAAGGCCACUUCGGCAAAACAAUCGAGCAGGUCGCAAACGCGGCUGUUGAUUCGGCCCCUCUACAGCCGAAUGUUAUCUUGAUCAAUGUCGGCACAAACGACGGAAUCCAAAACGUGCGCAUCACCGGCGCCGGCGAACGCAUCGACCGACUCAUCGACGACCUCCUCGCCCGAAUCCCCAACACGACGAUCAUCCUGUCCACGCUGAUCCCCAACACGCACGUCCAGCGGGUCGUCGAGCGCCUGAGCAAAGAAUACCGCAGUGUGGCGGCGCGGCGGCGCGCGCAGGGCGACCGCGUCAUUCUGGCCGAGAUGAGCUACUUCAUUACGUCGAGCCAGCUGGUCGACGGCACGCAUCCGAGUGACGAGGGGUAUAAGGAGAUGGCGUCGGUCUGGUGGGAUGCGAUUGAGACGGCGGAGGAGGAGGGGAUGUUGGCGAGGCCGAAUAAGGUGCCUGGGCAGGCGGUUGCGGCUGUCCAGGGCGGGAAUGGGACGAGUGAGGGUGGGAAUGAGGGGAGAGGGCUGGAUGAUGGGCCGGUUGAGGAUCCGAAGCUGCCGUAUUAUGUUGCGCCGCCGCAGCCGGGGGAGACCAGUUCGUCGAGGACGCUCCGAGUUGGUUAUUUUGGUUAUUUGUGGUUAUUGCUGGGGCUGCUUUGGAUAUAA